UCAACGUCAGUGUCACUUGAAGCAAAAUGCCGGCCAGCUGUAUCGUCCACCUGCAUCCGCCAUGACACCUAUUGCAAUCUGAAAAGUUUUGGGGUUGUUGCUCAUAGACUUGUUGCCAGGUUAGAUUGGACGUGUUGAAGUUAUAACCAUUAGACGACUUUGAGACCUGGUGGAUCGUACAAGUGUAAUAACAAUCCGCAUUAUCGUUGGCAAUCCAUUCCGAAGCCGUGGGGCUCUUUUGCGGAGAGAAGAAAUUGAUCGAAAAUGAAAUUGAUCGUUACGAUUCUCGUUGUGAUGAUUACCACCUGUUUAGUCGCCCACCACCAAGGCCCAGUCGUCGACGAUCAAAACAACGAAAGCAACAACACUGAAAACCACCACGUCCAAAUCGGCACCAUCGACAACCACUCGCAAACUGACAACCACACGCAAGCCGAAUGUAACCACAACCAGAAUUGUCACACGACUAAACCGACGACCAAUCCUGCAAUAUUUUCAUUUUGUCGGGACACGAGUUCAUCGGCAGCCACUGGCCAAAUUCAGCUCAAUAAAACUUCACAGACCAGCACGUCUUCGUGCGUCUUUGAUAUCGUCGUACCGCCCUGCCAGCAGAUUCAGUUCUCCUGCUCUGCAAUCUCCUUCAAUAACUACACCAGUAAAAUGGCCUUCUUUGAUGCGACUGAAAGUGACUGGCCCCUACCCGUACUAAACAAGAUUUAUUACUCAAUGGCCAAUACUUUGUCCGUGUAUUCUGAAUUUAUAGGAUCUGACGGCUUCAAUUGCAAAUGGAAUAAUACCAUGCCCAACGAGAACACCACAAAGUUUAAACUGUGUCGACACGGACAAGCCACGUCGGCCAAUGGCACCAUUCAACCCAUGGCUGGCAAUUCUACGCCGAGACAAUGUUCCUUUUCCAUCGUGGCAGCCCCAGGAUAUCAGAUUGAAUUUUAUUGUUCGGCCAUCAAUCUCAAAAGCUAUGACAGUAUUUUUCAAGUUGCUGGAACCACUUCCAUAUUAAGUUCGGGUGAUGUAGUCGAAGCAAACAAGCCUUAUUUUUCUACUGCUGAAAAUAAGGUGGUCAUUGCGUCGAAUCUCGGCAAAGGCGAAUGGAUUGAUUGCAAGUGGACGACUUAA